AUUUAUUUCUGGCGGGAACCUUGUCCGGAAGUGUGGAAACCCCACGUUCGGUCUAAUAACACAUUCAAGAUGGCGGACACUGAGUCUCACCAGCAAUGUUUAUCGAGUGUGUAAACAGGGGAAAAGAUCUUGUACAUUAUCUGAGAGAUUCCUGAUCAGAAGGAAAAUGGCAGCUAGCGAUAAUAGACGGCGAGUUAAAUUGUAUCUGUUGGAUGAGAAGAAAAUCUGGGACGACCGAGGCACCGGGCAUGUGUCGUCCGCGUACGUUGAGAAGUUGAAAGGAAUGUCUUUGCUCGUCAGAUCUGAAACAGAUGGUACCAUUCUUCUGGAGUCCAGAAUCCGACCUGAUACAGCCUAUCAGAAACAACAGGAAACUUUGAUUGUGUGGUCUGAGGCUGACCAGUAUGACCUGGCUCUAAGCUUCCAAGAGAAGGACGGCUGUGAUGAAAUCUGGGAGAAAAUAUGCACAGUGCAGGGAAAAGACCCGUCUUUGGAUGUGACCCAGGAUUGUAUCGAAGAAUCGGAGGAGGAUAGAUACGAGGAAUUCCCCGAUGCUGCCCCACCAAUAGAAAUGCCUCCUUGUGAACUCAGCAAGCUAGAUGAGAUUGCUGAACUCUUCAGGAGUGUCUUGUCCACCCCCAUUCGCAAAGAAAAACUGUUCUUGGCCCUUGAGGCAGAGGGCUACAUCAAAAAACUGUUAGAUCUGUUCCACAUGUGUGAAGACCUGGAAAACAUUGAUGGUCUCCAUAACUUAUAUGAGAUCUUCAAAAGCAUAUUUUUACUCAACAAGACAGAAUUGUUCGAAAUCUUGUUCGCAGACGACACUAUCUUUGAUGUGGUUGGUGUGUUGGAAUAUGACCCUGCUCUGAAGACACCAGCCCAUCAUCGCGAGUACUUACAAAAGACUGUGCGCUUUAAGGAGGUUAUACCCAUCUCAAAUCGCGAUUUACUCAACAAAAUUCAUCAGACGUAUCGAGUCCAGUACAUUCAGGAUGUAAUCCUACCCACCCCUUCAGUGUUUGAGGAAAACAUGCUCUCAACAUUAACUUCGUUUGUGUUUUUUAACAAAGUGGAAAUAGUAGGAAUGAUUCAGGAAGAUGAAAAGUUUUUACCCAGUCUGUUUGCUCAACUGAUGGACGAUGAAACAGACGAUGGCCACCGCAGGGACCUGGUCUUAUUUCUGAAGGAAUUCUGCACAUUCUCACAGACACUGCAACCUCAAAAUAGGGAAUCAUUCUUUAAGAAAUUAUCAAGUCUUGGGGCAUUAUCAGCCAUUGAAGUCAUACUGGCUCUCGAUGAUCCCAAGAUGAAACCAGCAGCCAUUGAUAUCUUCUCCUACAUAGUUGAAUUUAGUCCGUCCAUGGUUCGAGAAUUCAUUCUCAAAGAAGGCCAAAACAAAGAUGAUGAUGACCUGUUGAUCAACCUGGUAAUAGAACAGAUGAUAAAUGACACAGAUCCAGAGCUAGGUGGAGCUGUGCAGUUGAUGGGAAUAGUAAAAUUAUUGAUCGACCCAGAAAACAUGAUGGCAACUGCAAAUAAAACAGAGAAAUCAGAAUUCCUAGGAUUUUUCUACAAAAGGAGUAUGCAUGUUUUAACUGCACCGCUGUUUGCCAAUACAGUGGAUUCAAAGCCAAGCAAAGACGACUUUCAGACAGCUCAACUUCAGAGUCUGAUCCUGGAAUUAUUAACAUUUUGUGUGGAAUAUCAUGCGUAUCAUAUAAAGAACUACAUCAUCAGUAAAGACUUACUACGCAGGGUGCUGGUGCUCCUCAAGUCUGGACAUGCAUUCGUAGCAUUAGGUGCCUUAAGGUUCAUGAGGAAAAUAAUAGGAUUAAAGGAGGAAUUCUACAAUCGCUACAUUGUGAAUGGGUGUCUUUUUCAACCUGUUGUCGAAGCUUUCAGACAAAAUGGCAAUAGAUACAAUCUACUUAACUCUGCAAUGAUAGAACUUUUUGAGUUUAUCAAGACAGAAGAUGUAAAAUCAUUAUGUACCCAUAUCAUUGAACAUCACAUCAAAGACCUGGAGUCUGUCACUUACGUCAACACAUUCAACGCUCUCAAAGUCCGCUACGACCAACAACAGGACAGAAUUAAUGGGAUGCCGACUUUUAACAAGAAGAAUCAGCUUUGGAUUGACUCGCGGACACUGGAGGAGGAGGAAGAGCGAUGGUUUGACCAGGAAGAUGAGGUGGAUGAUGGAGAAACAUUAGUGCCAAUGAACGACGUUCUGAAGUCCAAACUCGACUCCGACUUUGAUCAGAUCAAUCGCUUCAUGGAAAACAGAAAAGCCAAAGAUCAAUCAAUAUCACGGGAAUCCCCACCGAGGUUACUCAACAAAGCAUCCAUCAAUAUCAAUAUCAAAUCAGGAUUAACCACCAACAGCCCGGUCAACAGUCCGGGGCACUCCCCAGGAAGUCCCGGGAGUCCGGGCAGUCCUCCGAGUCCGGGAAGCCCGCUGAUGGGUGUUCCGUGUCCCACCCCCAACUCCUCACCCCAGACACCCUCCUCAUCCCCCAGCCAGGACCCAUCAGUGAUAUCAAACAAACGGCUGGGAUUAAUUGGACUUGUGGACUAUCCUGAUGAAGAUUCAGAUGAAGAAGAAGAAGAGGAAAUUCCUAAUGCAAAACGACCUCGUUUAUCCACGUAGCAGACAGUGGUAUGGACACUUAACUGGCAGGGUUAGCUGCGUGAGCAUGCUCCGCAUACGUGAUAAAAUGCAGUGAGGUUCUAAAACAUUCAGUUCUAGUGACAGAAAUGCUGAUGAAAGGACGCCUCACAGCUAAAACAGCUGAUCUCAUCAUCGGGGUGUGAACGGGACAAUGGAUACAGUAAGCUGUGAUUGGUGGGUGUGAUUUAGUGGAUGGAACAUGGCUGGGCUCUACACUGUGGAAGGAUGCUGGAGACCUGUAUGGCAUGUGUGUGUGUGGUGUGUUCUACCAUGUGACUGCAUAAUGAACAAAUGUCUUUAUACAACACACAGAAUGGUGGUCAUCUCUCUAACUCUCUCUAUCUCUCUCCCAUACCUUGGUUCUCUGUGAUAUUUAACUGACUGUUUCCUAGUCUCUUAGUCUGUUAAGCAAUUUCAAUCAUCCAGAAGUCUAGUGCUAUGUGUUCAUACAGAGGGAGAUAACAUUGCACAAAUGUGAAUUGUCAGUGUUGCUGAUUUCUGAUCAUGACUGAUUUUAUCCUUAAAUAACAAUUCAAAAAGGAAAUGUCAAUUUGAAUUGACCAAUAUUUUCAUUUUUCAUGUAUGUUUAAGCUAUUUUUCUGUCAAAAAUCAAAUCUAAAUUAACAUUCCUUAUGAAAUAUUGUUCUUGUUUUUUUUAACACACUGUCAAGCUAUUUACUGUAAAAUUGUGUCAGAAGAAGUUAUCUGUUUUCAGAUAAUGAAUACAGAUUAUGAUUGAAUAUAUUUUUUGCAGAAUUAAAUUCAAGAGGAUGUUUGGACAAUUAUAAAGAAAAGUUAGUUGGUAUGAUAUGUGUAGACAUCGAGGUACAUGCGUGUGGUAUACACUUAUGCUUCUGUUUACAAAAAAAGUGAAAAAAGAUAGGGGCCAUUAUUUUUCUCCAUUGUCUUCCAUCAGAGUAAUAGCUUUAGUUCGCAAAAUAAGUUAUGAACUACACAGGAAACCAGUACAUUCCUGAAGGCUUCACCUGCCUUAGAAUUUUAUAUACACUGGUCAUGGAUCAAAUCCCAAUCAAAUGUGAUAUGAAUGAUUUCAGUCUCGGUCUUAAAAAAAGGGAUGUUGUGUCAGGUGUAUGUGGAAAAUUGAACUAGUUGUAAAUGCACUAGUGGUUGUACAUUUUUACAAGAUUAUGUAUAUUUUUAAAGCAUCCUUUAAAUGACUGGGAUUUCUGUAUUAUUUUGUUAGAUAGAAUAUAAAAACAGAAACCCUGCUGCAUGGGCAAGUAUUCCAUUUCCUUGAUCUAUUUAUUAUUUUUUUCUGCAUGAAAUGACCUAAUAUCGCAGUGCAACAAGGCAGCAUUUUACUGGCUAAAAUUGUUUCAUCAUCCGAGUGUUAAAUCUACAAAAUGCAGUCACAGAAGAUAUUGUAGCUAGUAUGUGUAAGACGUGGUGCAAUUCUUGUCAUUUAUACCCUUGGUUCUGUAGCCUCUGUAGAACAUGGCAGGAAGCAAGAGUGGAAUGGUAUUAAGCGAACAAUGAUGAGAAUGUAUAUAAUACAGAUUUUAAGUUAUUUAACGACAAGCGGCCAAUGCAGCUAACUUGUCAUACUUCAUGGUUUUCUUGCAUCGUCUUCUUUUGUAUAUAUGGUAUGAUGCUAGUUCAUUUGAUGACAAAAUGUAUUUAACUGCAAACCCCCAAACCUGCAUUUUAUUCUUGUCAAUGUUUUAGCAUUGUAAAAAGUCAGUCAUGUUAAAUUCAAAUGAUAUAUUAAAAGAAAAAAAAAAUGAAAAUGAAUAAAAAAUACAAACUAUAAUAA